GCUACCUGAGGCGGGUUCCCGCUGGCCCGUUCGGCGAGGUGAGGCACGACGGUAGGGUCUGGCUGAGGCGGAGCAGUGGUCGGCAGCAGCAUGAAGCUUAACCUGGGCGUCCUCUCCCUCUUCGUGGCCCUGGUGGGAGUUUCAAGCUUCGUCUUCCUCGUGGUGGCCAUCGCGACGGACUUCUGGUACAUCAUCGAUGCCUCCAAGCUGGAGACGUCGCGGAACGGCACGGAUGCCCUCAGUUCGCACUCGGGCUUGUGGCGGACCUGCCGCGCGAGGAGUGAAUGCUACCCUUUGAUAAACCCCUUCCGGCACGAGAAUGCAAACAUCACUGAAUCACACAGACAACUUUUGUACAUGCAUGGAACAUUUGUCAUCCUGAUGCCUCUAAGCCUGAUAUUGAUGAUUUUUGGAGGAAUGACUGGAUUCAUCAGUAUUCUUGCCAGAGCCUACCUACUGCUUCUAAUGACAGGACUGCUUUUUCUUUUUGGAGCUCUUGUAACGCUUGCUGGGAUCAGUGUCUACAUUGCAUACUCAGCUGCUGCCUUUGAAGAAGCUGUCUGCCUGCUGAGGAGUAAGGAUCUGCUGGUGGAAAUCGACAUCAGGUUCGGCUGGUCGCUGGCACUGGUCUGGAUCUCCUUUGUGGCAGAAGUGCUCACCGGGGCUGUGUUCCUGCUGGCAGCAAGGACUGUGGGGGCGAAGCGUCGGCGCCAGCAGGCCGUAUGA